GCCACUUCAACUCUAGAAAGAGUGAGCUCAUAAUUUCCGAAGACUCACCUUUUCCCUCUUCUUUUUUUCAAUUCAAAAAACAUAAAAAGAAAAAAAAAAUUCGCACAUAUGUAAAAGCCAAAGGUCGAUUACUCUUCUCCUCUCUACCAGAUCGAAAAUCUGGUGCAGUUACUGUUCAAGUAAGAGUAUAAUAAGGGACAAAGGAAAAUGCCUCGAGAAAUAAUCACAUUGCAAGUGGGACAAUGCGGGAAUCAAAUCGGUAUGGAGUUCUGGAAACAGCUAUGCCUUGAACAUGGUAUCAGUAAAGACGGCAUUCUCGAAGAUUUUGCCUCUCAGGGAGGUGAUAGGAAAGAUGUCUUUUUCUAUCAAGCUGAUGACCAACACUAUAUACCUCGAGCUUUGCUGAUGGAUCUAGAGCCUAGAGUCAUUAAUAGUAUACAAAAUGGGGAGUACAAAAAUUUGUAUAACCACGAGAAUGUAUUCAUCGCUGAUCACGGAGGUGGUGCUGGAAAUAAUUGGGCAAGCGGAUAUCAUCAGGGUAAGCAAUAUGAGGAGGAUCUGAUGGACAUGAUUGAUAGGGAAGCAGAUGGAAGUGAUAGUCUUGAGGGUUUUGUUCUAUGUCAUUCUAUUGCUGGUGGAACUGGCUCAGGUAUGGGCUCGUAUCUGUUGGAGGCUCUGAAUGAUCGCUACAGCAGAAAACUUAUUCAGACAUACAGUGUGUUUCCUAACCAAAAUGAGACAAGUGAUGUGGUUGUACAGCCUUACAAUUCCCUUUUGACACUCAAGCGACUGACAUUAAAUGCAGAUUGUGUAGUUGUCCUUGACAAUACUGCACUCAACGGAAUUGCUGUGGAUCGCCUGCAUAUUCCAACUCCCACCUUUGCUCAAACAAAUUCAUUAGUUUCUACUGUAAUGUCAGCUAGUACAACUACCCUACGGUAUCCUGGAUACAUGAACAAUGACUUGGUUGGUCUCCUUGCCUCUUUAAUUCCAACACCAAGAUGCCAUUUUCUGAUGACAGGGUAUACACCGCUCACUGUAGAGUGCCAAGCUAAUGUAAUUCGGAAAACAACUGUACUUGAUGUGAUGAGAAGACUCCUUUCGUCCAAGAAUAUCAUGGUAUCUUCUUAUACGCGAACGAAGGAAGCCAGUCAGGCAAAGUACAUAUCCAUAUUAAACAUUAUUCAAGGAGAAGUUGAUCCUACUCAGGUCCACGAAAGCCUGCAGAGAAUACGGGAAAGAAAGCUUGUUAAUUUUAUUGAAUGGGGCCCUGCUAGCAUUCAGGUUGCUUUAUCAAGAAAGUCUCCAUACGUCCAAACAGCUCAUAGGGUUAGUGGUCUCAUGCUGGCAAGCUACACGGGGAUCCGCCACUUAUUUUCCAAGUGUUUGAGCCAGUAUGAUAAAUUGAGAAAGAGACAAGCCUUCCUUGACAACUACAGGAAUUAUCCAAUGUUUGCUGAUAAUGAUCUAUCAGAAUUUGAUGAAUCUAGAGAUGUGAUUGAUAGUCUUGUUGAUGAGUACAAAGCCUGUGAGUCCCCUGAUUACAUCCAGUGGGGAAUGGAGGAUCCGGAUCACGUUCUAACAGGCGAGGGAAAUGUCAGCGGAACAGUUGAUCCAAAUAUAGCUGUGUGAAUAAACCAACUUCCUUUUUUUCCAGCCAACAGAAAGAACAUAUUUGUUCACUAUCAUUUUGAAUAUAAUGGCAAAACUUCUUGUAGAAAUCCGCUUUUCUUAGCCAGUUGAUGGUGAACGGAGAGUCAAGCAUUUUAUUUUCC